AUGUUGGGGCGCGUGGCUUCCUCCGCUGCUGUGGCUGGUGAUGCUGCGAGAUGCCAUCCAUGCCCUGCUGGUUUCAGCUCUCGGUCACUUCCUGGUACAACAGCGGCUGAGUGUGCGUCAAAUCUGAAGAAGAUUUAUACAGUACAAACAGUACAGGAUUUCUGGAGUGUCUACAACAACAUUCCUCCUGUGACAAAUUUGCCUCUGAGAAGUAGUUACCAUUUAAUGCGGGGAGAAAGACGGCCGCUUUGGGAAGAGGAAAGCAAUGCCAAAGGAGGUAUAUGGAAAAUGAAGGUCCUUAAAGAAUGUACGGCUGCAGUUUGGAAAGAGCUACUGUUAGCAACUAUUGGAGAGCAGUUUGCAGACUGUUGUGCAACAGAUGAUGAAGUAAUAGGGGUUAGCAUCAGCGUCCGUGACCGUGAAGAUGUUGUGCAAGUCUGGAAUGUGAAUGCCUCUUCAGCAAGUAAAGCAAAAGUUUUAGAAAAGAUCCAUAAACUUCUGCCACACACGUCUUUUAAAGUGGCGUUUUAUAAAUCACACAGAGAGCAUCAUGCUUUUGAAGGCUGAUGGAGAAAACAUUAAGAGCAGUCUGUGCCAAGCUCAUUCGUUGUUAUUUGGUGUUUUGAGGUGGUCUGGGCAAGGAGAAGGAUGAUUCGAAGCUCUGCAGAAGCACUACGGACUGUGGCCCUUUUGUUUCUAACAUUUCAAACUGGGAAGAUGAGGAAAAACAGUUGCCUUGACUGCUAAACUUGCAUUUCAUUACUUUUGGUUGGGUUUUUUAAGUUUUUCAUUGUUUCUUUAAAAAGAUAUUUUGGCCACUUUUUUUCAAAACAAAACUGAUUAGUUUUGUUCCUGUUUCAUUAAAGUAGCAGGCUUUCAUUUCUUCUGUACUGUACUUAGUUGAAUGCAGACAUGCACAAAGACAGUAUGCUGCUUUUCCUGCGCGUAGAGGAACACUGGCUUGGUGAAAUGUGUUUUAAAUUUUUGUUUUAAAACAUUCCUAUCAUGUUAAGAUUUACUCACUGGUUUUGUCCCAAGAGAGAAAGAAAUUGCACUGCAUUUAUUCUAAUAUUCAGUAUAAUCUGGUCCUGCACUGACAAUGGCACACAUACUGUAAAAGUAAAUAGCAAAGUGCUCACUAAAGGAGUGACUAAAGAGAACACAUUUAUACUGGGACUAAGCCUCUGUGGGAUGAUCUUAACAAGAAUUUUAAUUGUAAUGAUUUCAAAAGAGCCCUUGUUCAGACUAGAAUGAGACAUCUUUCAGUAGGAAACCCUGCAAACUCCACACCCCUCUCAUUUAAGAGGGCAUGGGGUUUUUUAAUGUUUUUAUAUUGUAUGCUUUCUUAUUAUAUUUUUCUGUACAUUCAUGAAAAAGCGUCAUGAAUAGGUUCUAAUGCGACUGACUGGAUCCAUCCCUCACACUUCUGUGAGUAUGUUAGGCCCGUGGCUGCACCCACAAAGGUCAGUGUCAGAACUGCUGUUGACUUCAAUGCAAAGGGAGAGAUCCCACUAUAUGUCGUUUCAAGCCAUCGUGACUUCCUAAGUGACCUUUCUAAAAACAAAAGGAAACACAGAAAAGAAACAGAUUUUGUGUUGCAGUGUGAAUAUGAAUAUAAACACGAAUAUAAACAGUGUUCAUCUGUAAACGUUUGUCUAUAAUAAUUCUAUGUGUUGUUGGUUUGCUUUAAUAUAUUGCCAAAGAUUGAUGUAGUUCCUUUUACAAGAAGAAGCUGCAAGGUAGGGAAGAACGUACACUCCGCUGAGCGUUACUUCAUUUUUAAGAGGUUUUUGUUUGGCAACUGUUCAAGUUCCACUGAUUUCCAUGUCUUUAGUAUAUUAAGAGGCAGCCAUUAAAAUCAAAUAAAUUUAAAAAUAAGAAUUGCACAUUUGAGACUUUUUUUUUUCAACUUUAUCUGUAUUUAUGGAUUUAAACUGUGCAGUUAAUGAGCGUUAUUAAUUAAACAAACUUUCUA